AUGAUGCCCCCGCGGGGGGCGGCGGGCUCCUGCCGCCGGCGGCGCCUGGCGCCCCUCAACGAGGACAACGGGCGGUUCCUGCUGCUGGCCGCCCUCAUCGCGGCGUACCUGAGCGCCGGCGCCACCGUCUUCUCGGCCCUCGAGAGCCCGUCGGAGGCGGCGGCGCAGCUGCGCUGGAACCGGACCCUCCACAACUUCAGCCGCAUCUUCAACAUCAGCCUGCCGGAGCUGCGCGCCUUCCUGCGGAGCUACGAGGCGGCCAUGGCCGCGGGCAUCCGCGUCGACGCCCUGCGGCCCCGCUGGGACUUCCCCGGCGCCUUCUACUUCGUGGGCACCGUCGUCUCCACCAUAGGUUUUGGAAUGACCACACCAGCAACCGUGGCUGGAAAAGUAUUCCUCAUCAUUUACGGCCUUUUUGGGUGUGCCGGCACUAUCCUUUUCUUCAACCUCUUCUUGGAGCGCAUUAUCUCUCUCCUGGCCUUUAUCAUGAAGGCGUGCCAUGAGAGGCAGCUGCGAAGAAGUGGUCUCCUACCUCCCAACUUCCGAAGGGGACCAGCUAUGGCGGGGGUGGGCAGCCUUGUGGGGUGGAAGCCGUCCGUUUACCACGUGAUGCUGAUUUUGGGAAUUUUUGCUGUUACCCUUUCCUGCUGCGCCUCUGCAAUGUACACAGCGGUGGAAGGAUGGAACUACGUUGACUCCUUGUACUAUUGCUUCGUCACCUUCAGCACCAUCGGCUUUGGAGAUUUGGUAAGCAGCCAAAACGCUGCGUACCAAAAUCAGGGAUUAUACAGAUUCGGAAACUUCAUAUUUAUAUUAAUGGGGGUAUGUUGCAUAUACUCUCUUUUUAAUGUCAUCUCAAUCGUAAUCAAGCAAGUUUUGAACUGGGUGUUGAAAAAAUUCGAAUGCAGAUGUUGCCCAAAGUGCCAUAAAUCAAGUGCCCGCCUUGGACGUCGCAACGCCAUCACCCCAGGAGCCCGCCUACGUCGACAUAACAUCUCAGUGGACGCUGAUGGACAGUACGACAGUGACACCGAGGGGAGGAGGCUCUCUGGAGAGAUGAUCUCCAUGAGGGAGCUCACAGCAUCGAAUAAAGUCUCCCUGGCCAUUUUGCAAAAGCAGUUGUCUGAGACAGCCAACGGCUACCCGAGGAACGUUUGUAUCAAUACGAGACAAAACGGAUUCUCUGCAGGGGUGGGUGCUCUAGCCAUCAUGAACAACCGCUUGGCAGAAACAAGUGAUUCUAGGUAG